GGAGAACGGUAAUUCAUCAUACCCUUGUCUGCUAAUCCACGGUGUCUUUUGAACUCCUACUAACCGAAUACUCCACACUUCCGCAACAAUGAAGGCUACACUGGUAUUCAUCGUCCUCGCCGGAGUGAUUGCUGUUAUGCAUGCUCGUCCGCAAGCGCAAGGACAGCAAGGCGGACAGCAAGGAGGUAUGCAACAGGGAGGCCAACAAGGCGGUCAGCAAGGUGGUCAGCAGCCACAAGGAGGUCAACAACAACAAGGGGGUCAGGGAGGCCAACAACAACAAGGUGGUCAAGGAGGUCAGCAACAAGGUGGCCAACAAGGUGGCCAACAAGGUGGUCAACAAGGUGGCCAACAAGGCGGCCAACAAGGAGGUCAAGGAGGUCAGCAACAACAAGGUGGUCAACAAGGAGGCCAACAAGGUGGUCAACAAGGAGGCCAACCACAAGGAGGCCAGCAACAACAACAAGGUGGUCAGCAACAAGGUGGCCAACAGGGAGGCCAACAAGGAGGCCAGCAGGGUGGUCAACAAGGCGGUCAGCAACAGGGAGGCCAACAACAACAGCAAGGCCAACAGCAAGGCCAACAAGGUGGCCAGCAACCCCAAGGAGGCCAGCAACAGCAAGGUGGUCAAGGAGGCCAGCAACAACAGGGUGGUCAAGGAGGCCAACAAGGUGGUCAACAAGGUGGUCAACAAGGUGGUCAACAAGGUGGUCAACAAGGUGGUCAACAAGGUGGUCAACAAGGUGGCCAACAAGGUGGUCAACAAGGUGGCCAACAAGGUGGUCAACAAGGAGGCCAACAAGGAGGCCAACAAGGAGGCCAACCAGGUGGCCAACAACAGCAACAGGGCCCGGGCACUGGCAAAUAGAUGCAGUAUCUGCGUAUUGAAAAAUCUUUUAAGCUGACAAAUUGUAUGACAGUUCUAAUGUCAAUGUUGCGGUGCAUUCUUGUUUAAUGUUCUACUAGUGCAAUCUCUGAAUGGCAGCCAUGAACCGAUCAACAGCACCAUUGAACAACAAAUAACGAUCCUAGCGGAUAAAUCUUUAUUUAUGAAA